GGAAAAGGAAGAUAGUCAUGGCUUUUGUUGUAUUUGCAAAAAAGUAACUGUAUGCAACCUUCAGUUGUCUGAUUUUAGAUAUAUCCAAUCACUUGAAUUCACAAUUUCCUUUUGCUUUGAGUUUAAUUACUUUCCUCAUCAGCAGCUUAAUCUUAAGUAAUUGUGGAAGAUAUGGAGCAGCGGGAGAUGAAAGAGCUGAUUCCUUUACAUCAAACAAUUAUUAAAAUGGAAGAUCAUCAUCAGCAGCAGCAAAAAUAUCCACAUGAUAUUUCUUUAAAUGUUCCAAUUAAUAGAAGAAAAAAGGGUGGCAUUAUAACUAUGCCUUUUAUUAUCGCAAAUGAGGCAUUGGAGAGCACUGCAAGCUAUGGGCUUUUACCCAAUAUGACCAAGUAUCUCAUGAAAGAUUACAGGAUGGGGAUCACUACUGCUCAAAAUUUACUAUUUUUCUGGUCAGCAGCUACUAAUUUCUUGCCUUUAAUUGGUGCUUUUGUUGCUGAUUCAUAUCUGGGUCGUUUCGUUACCAUUGGCCUCGGUUGCAUCUUCAGUUUACUGGAUGAUCUGAAGGAGCGUUUUGAUAAGGUGGAUUGUUCUAGGAUAUUUCAGAUCCACAGAGAAAUUACCACUGAUAGGCAGGGCACUAGCUCAAUUUCAACUUAUUUCUCAAAGGGAGAGCCAAAGGAACAUGACAAACACUAUAUCUACAACUGA